AUGUUAUUCUUUAUGGUCGAUAUCGUUCGUCAUCGUCAAAGAAUAAAUUUAAACACUAAUAAACCAAAAAGAGCUUCUCAGUUGAAUAUAAGCGGUCCCGUUGGUCGUAGUGAUGUAUUAAAACCCAUUGCAGAAACAACAUCGCAUCAUGAUUUAAAAUUAUUUGAUGAUCUUGAAUUAAAUGAGACACACGAAAAUAACCAUUCUCUAAUUGAUCAGCAUGCUAAUGACGAUGACAAUGCUAGUGAUUUAGAACAAUCAUUAGAGGAUGUAUCAUUGCCGAUAAAACGAACUGUUAGUCAUCAGCAUUCGAGAAGCACCGACGAACGUCGAUCAGCAUUAGAUACAGGUGGAAUAAAUAAUCUUCGGGCAUACAUUAGACAUCGAAAAGAUAGUAUUGUACAACAUGUGAUCGGCUACAAUUACGAUGACAAGUCAACAGCCGGCGGAUUAUAUAUUCGAGUGGGAACAGGAAGUUCGUAGUAAUGAUCAGUAUAGUUUUCUAUAGAGUAAACUGUCGAAUUGGAACGAGAAAUGAAUUCGUCUAACUUCAGUAACCUGAGUGAGUUCUGAACCGAAUGGACUAGAGCGAGUUUGUGCGGGCUACAUUGAUACUGAUGGAGGAGCUAAACAGCAAGAGGGUGAUGUAACAGGCGACCGACCUAAUUCUUAUGAACAUGAUUAUAUAAAUUUCCUAGUUUAUCUUAGAAACUUUUAUAUUUUUAUUAGAUAAAGUCGCAUAUUUUAUUCAAAUGAAAAAAACCCGAUGUAUUUGACUGCAGAAGUUCCAAUUUGAUUGAAUCAGAAAACACACUCUCCUUAGUAUAGUUCCUAGAAUCUGUUUUCUCUGAAAGUCUUUCAGUAAUUUUCAGAUUAUUAAAUAACUAAGAUCUUUAUCUAUAAGCCCCCGUUUUGGAGAAAAUCGAUUCAGAACUCACUCAGAUUACUGAAGCCAUAUGUUAGACGAAUUAAUUUCUCGUUCCAAUUCGACACUUCGCUCUAAUAUAAAUAAGUUACCGUGUAUAUCUUUAUGAAUCUCUUUCUAGUUUUUUGUUUUGGUACAGUUAUUCACAGUGCUUUAUCAAUUCUCAGCAAUUUAGAAAUAAUUAAAGGCACAAAAUGGGCAACUGUCAUUGAUGAUUUUUCUCGUUUAUUGUUUGCAAUCAUACAAUUCUUCUUUAUAUUCAAACAUUCAAAUGUAAGCGCUUAAUAUAUAUUAUAUUUGACGAGCUAACCAAAUAGUAUUUAAACGGUUAGGCUUCAAGAUAGUAUUUCGAGAAGACCACUAAUUUGAUAAACUUUGUAGAGGAAAUAUUUUCUCAUUUUAGUUAAUUAUUCGCGCUCAUGAAAGUUUUGCACGAGUAGGGGUUAUUCAUAUUGUCGUCACAAAUCUAUGUGUGUGGUAAGCACAAGUUUUUAAGAUAAAUAAUUACUGGUACAUAUUGUUUUUCUAAACAUUGAUCACCAGAAUUGCAAAGAAACGAUAAGUAGCUGAAGUUUUUACUAAAAAGUUUCAGAUUUUUGGCGGAUUUUUUCAGUCGCUCUCUUCUACACGGAUGCAUAAACCGACAGAAAUCUUGGUAAUGCGUUCUUAAAAGCACAAGAGGUCGUAUCUUAUAGAUGAGUGGCUAUGUGAAUGGUUUUAGACAUCGGUAAUUUUUAAAGAGAGAUGGGUUAUAGUGAUAUCCCACAGAAAAUGUAUAUGGGUACUUCCGCACAGGACCGUCCAGUAUUAUAUGAGCUAAAAGCCGGGAAGGUUUGACUAUAUGCGAUUGAUAGUCCUACUAAAGGUAUGUAAAGGUCCCCUAGAAAAAUUAUUUCGGACACGAUUUUUCC